CAUAUCUAUUAAAAAAUAUUACUGACCUCAAACUUUUGAACAGAAGUAUACUCAAUCUGAAUUUUAGUGUCAAAUAUGUACAAUUGGUGUCUGGGAAACGAAUCCUCACUUUGUAAAUCUGCAAAUAUGAGUAGGCAAUCAAGUAUAUUACACUCAUUGACUCAACUGUGUAAAAUGUUUUAUUUCAGUGCUUAUGGAACUAGUCAUUCCGAGUCAUGAUCAGCCAGCUGAGCCCAGGGUUGUGGACGGUGAUGAGGAGAACAUCCAGUGCAUCCCGCUUCUCUUUAAGGAAGAUUUUCUCUCAGAUCAGUACUUUGGAGAGAAUCAACUAGCGAGCAUCGUGACUGAAAAGGCCCACUUCGGUGAAGGCAUGCAUCGCAAGGCUUUCAGGACCACUCUUAGAGAAGGCAAUCUGCCGAGCUUCAACCCCGGCCAUCCCUGCGUCCUGAAAGUACACAACGGCAUCAGCUAUGGGACCAAAAGUAAUGAGGAACUUGUCCAGAAGAACUACAGCCUGGCUGUGGAGGAAUGUCAUGUGCAGAAUACCGCCAGGGAAUAUAUUAAAGCGUACAAUGAUGUGGCCAAGUCUGCAGAAUCAUUUGGAGAAGUGCCAGAAAUCAUCCCUAUUUAUUUGGUGCACCGGCCAUCUAAUGAUGUCCCUUACGCCACGCUGGAGGAGGAGCUGCUGGGAGAUUUUGUGAAGUACUCUUUGAAGGACGGGAAGGAGAUCAACCUGAUGCGCAGAGACUCUGAGGCGGGACAGAAAUGCUGUGCCUUCCAGCACUGGGUCUAUACACAGACCGACGGCAACCUGCUGGUCACAGAUAUGCAGGGUGUGGGUAUGAAACUGACAGAUGUUGGGAUUGCCACCUGUAAAAAAGGGUAA